UGACCACGUGACAGCAAGGGAAACCAAAAUGGCCGCUGUUAUAUUUUGACGUGUAAUAGCUAGCGACUUUUUUUCUUUUUGUUUCACUCUAGCCAGAAAACAAGCCGAGGGGAGACUUGUCGGGCUCGCCGCAUGCCGCGACUCGGCACGGACUAGUCUCCUCGUUUUUACCUUCGGGACAAUCAAGACUGACACGUUUUAGUUGAAGGAGUUAGACUAUGCAUAUUUAGUUGGGACAGAGGCUAGCUAGCAGGCUCUGGCUGGCACAAGUGGAGGACUUGGAACUGAGAUAGCUUGUUCAACUUCAGCUGCGAUGGAGGAGUUGAGCGCAGAUGAGAUUCGCAGAAGGCGAUUGGCACGGCUGGCAGGGGGACAGACUUCACAGCCUAACACCCCUCUCAGCACCCCACUAACAUCUCCACAGAGAGAAACUCCGCCGGGACCACUUCCUGGACCCUCAGGUGCACCAUCUCAUCCCCUGCUACCAGCUGCCUCUCAAUUAUUAGGGCUCAAUGCGCACAGCGGUACCCCAGCCACAUCGCCCAUUGGCACCACUGGUGUGGCUUAUGGCAGUCAAAGUAGUGAAGGUGUGAGCUCCCUGUCCAGCUCCCCGUCCAACAGCCUUGAGACACAGUCCCAAAGUUUGUCCCGAUCACAGAGCAUGGACAUCGACACCACCUCUUGCGAAAAAAGUAUGUCUCAAGUGGAUGUGGACUCAGGGAUAGAAAACAUGGAAGUGGACGACAGCGACCGCAGGGAGAAGAGAAACAUGACAGAAAAAGACACCUCUGCAAACUCAGACCUCUCAGAAGACCAGGCUCUGCAUCUCGUUUGUAAGAUCCUCCGCGUAUCAUGGAAGGAGCAGCAUAGAGAUGUCAUCUUCCUCCCUUCGCUGGCAGUUGAAUUUCAGCACAACCCUAAAGAUGUAUUCUCUGAUUUCAAAGACCUGAUCAGCCAGAUCCUGAUGGAGGUUCUCAUGAUGUCCACCCAGUCGCCUGUUCACAACCCCUUUGCUAGCUUGACAGCCACCUCACAGCCAAUUGCAGCAGCCAAAUCUCCAGACCGCCAUUUGACACUGGUGCAUCCCUCCAGCCAAGGCGGCAGCCCCAUGGGCCCUGGAACGGGGUCCUUUGGUGCCAGUUCUCUGUCUAGCCUAUAUGGGUGUGGUAGCCCUUACCCAAUGGCUCUGGACGCAACCAAGAGGACUUCACCAAAUAUUCCUUCCAAUCCCUCUGCACCUCCUACACCUUCUAUGCCACAAUUUAUUGUUCCACCAAGCCCUCCCACUACUACUGUUGCUCCCCCUAGACAGUCCCUCAACCCUCCAUCUGCCCCCAUGCCCAUCUCUCAGCGCUAUCGGCCUUACUCUGUCACAUCUCCCUGGGGGGCUCCGUCCCCAUCCAGCCCAGGCCAAAGAGCAUUUAGCUUUUUUGUGCCGUCGCCGAGGCCAGGUGGUCCUGCUGUUCCCCCCAAUACACCGGUUCCUUUGCCGGCAACUACCACUCAUUCCCUCUCCUUGAGUUCACCCAUGGCUCAGAGCCAGACCUGGUCCGCACCGGCCCCAGGGGUUCCCCCUUCUCCCAGAACAACAGCCCGACAGGCCGCCUUUGCUUCCCGGAUCCCACCUUCUAGCCAUAAACGUUGCUACCCUCGUUGUAACCAUUCCAAAUAUGAACUUCACUUUUAUCAUAUUACUCUUUCAAUCUUUACCUCACUCCUGUUUUUUCCCCAUCACGUUAGCCCUUUGUCCCUCCUGUUGUUUGCCGUCUCUGACAUAUCCCAGGACAGCAGCGAUGAAGAGCCUGAGGAGGAGGAAGAUUUUGCACGGGUUCAGUUUGGGUCAAGUCUUGGGGCAUGCGGAGGGUCGGUGUCUUGUGAUUCGGCCGGCGACCGCUUCACCAUUGAAGCGUGCAAAGAGACAGAGAUGCUGAACUACCUCAUUGAGCGCUUUGAGAGUGUUGGCAUGGAGGAGAGGAAAGCUCCCAAGAUGUGUAACCAACCUAAUGUCAGCCAGCUUCUUAGCAACAUUCGCUCUCAGUGUAUCUCUCACGUUGCCCUUGUUCUUCAAGGUUCUCUGUCCCAGCCUAGGAGUCCGCUUCAGCAUUCUCUGCUGGUCCCUUAUAUGCUGUGUCGGAACCUUCCGUAUGGCUUUAUCCAGGAACUGGUGCGCAUUACCCACCAGGAGGAAGACUUGUUCAGACAGAUCUUCAUUCCUAUCCUUCAUGGGUUGGCUCUAGCGGUAAAGGAAUGUUCCUUUGACAGCGACAACUUUAAAUACCCCCUCAUGGCAUUAGCCGAGAUUUGUGAAAUCAAGUUUGGAAAGACUCACCCUGUGUGCAGUUUGGUAACGUCGCUUCCUCUUUGGUGUCUCAAACCUCUGAGUCCAGGAUGUGGCAGGGAAAUUCAGAGACUUUCUUACCUUGGUGCCUUCUUCAGCCUCUCUGUGUUUGCUGAGGAUGAUACCAAAGUAGGAGACAAAUAUUUCUCUGGUCCAGCUAUCACCAUGGAAAACACAAGAGUUGUCAGCCAAUCUUUGCAGCAUCAUCUGGAGUCAGCAAGGGGUGACCUCUUUAAAGUUCUUCACAACAUCCUACUAAACGGAGAGACACGUGAUUUAGCUCUUAGUUACAUGGCAGCUUUAGUCAACUACAAUGUGAAGAAAGCCCAGAUGCAGACUGAUGACAAGCUGGUGUCGACAGAUGGCUUCAUGCUCAACUUCCUUUGGGUGCUGCAGCAGCUCAGCAUGAAGAUCAAGUUGGAAACUGUGGACCCCUUCUACAUUUUCCACCCCCGUUGUCGCCUUGUCGUCAGCACAGAGGAGACCCGCCUGAAGGCCACCAUGGAAGAGCUCAAGAGCUGGCUGUCUGAGCUCCAUGAUGAUGCCACCAAAUUCUCAGAGCCCAAGUUUCCCACUGAAUGUUUCUUCUUGACCCUGCACACCCACCAUUUGUCCAUUUUGCCUGGCUGCAGGCGCUAUAUCCGCAGGUUGCGGGCCAUUCGUGAACUGAACAGGACUGUAGAGGAGCUGAAAAACAGUGAAGGCCAAUGGAAAGAUUCACCACUGGCCAGUCGACACAGAGAGAUGCUCAAGCGAUGCAAAACACAACUCAAGAAAUUGGUUCGAGCCAAAGCAUGUGCUGACGUAGGCCUUCUGGAUGAGAACCUGCUACGCAGAUGUCUCCAGUUCUACAGCACUGUCAUUCAGCUCAUACUCCGUAUGGUAGACCCCGCUUACCCUAACAUCACUUUGCCAUUGAACCCUGAGAUCCCCAAAAGCUUUGCUGCUCUCCCAGAAUUUUACAUUGAAGAUGUGGCUGAGUUUUUGCUUUUUGUCGUGCAGUAUGCUCCUCAAGUUUUAUACGAGCCUUGUGUUCAAGACAUCGUCACUUUUUUGGUAGUGUUCAUCUGCAGUCAGAACUACAUCAGGAAUCCAUACCUUAUCGCCAAGUUGGUUGAAGUUUUGUUUGUCACCAACCCUGCUGUGCAGCCUCGCACUCAGCGCUUCUCUGAAAUGAUGGAGAACCACCCGUUGUCCAUCAAACAGUUGGUGCCAGCCCUUAUGAAGUUCUACACUGAUGUUGAGCACACUGGUGCCACCAGUGAGUUCUACGAUAAGUUCACAAUAAGGUACCAUAUCAGCACCAUCUUUAAGAGUCUAUGGCAAAACAUCGCCCACCACGGCACUUUCAUGGAGGAGUUCAACUCCGGCAAACAGUUUGUUCGCUACAUCAACAUGUUGAUCAAUGACACAACCUUCCUCUUGGAUGAGAGUCUUGAGUCUCUAAAGCGCAUCCAUGAGAUUCAAGAGGAGAUGAAGAAUAAGGAUCAGUGGGAUCAGCUCCCCAGGGAACAGCAGCAAAGCCGGCAGUCCCAGUUGACUCAGGAUGAGCGGGUGUCUCGCUCAUAUCUAGCCUUGGCCACAGAGACGGUUGAAAUGUUCCACAUCCUCACCAAGCAAGUCCAAAAACCUUUCCUCAGGCCUGAGCUAGGGCCGCGUUUAGCCGCUAUGCUGAACUUUAACCUCCAGCAGCUCUGUGGGCCCAAGUGUCGGGACCUGAAGGUAGAGAAUCCCGAGAAGUAUGGUUUCGAACCCAAGAAGCUGUUAGACCAGCUGACCGACAUCUACUUGCAGCUGGACUGUGCCCGCUUUGCCAAGGCAAUAGCUGACGACCAGCGGUCAUACAGUCGAGAGCUCUUUGAAGAGGUCAUCUCCAAGAUGAGGAAGGCUGGCAUCAAGUCAUCUAUCGCAAUUGAAAAAUUCAAGCUGCUAUCUGAAAAGGUGGAGGAAAUUGUUGCCAAGAACUCCCAGUCAGAAAUGGACUACAGUGACGCACCUGACGAGUUCAAAGACCCUUUGAUGGACACGCUGAUGACCGACCCCGUGAUGCUGCCAUCAGGAAACAUCAUGGAUCGAUCCAUCAUCCUGCGCCACCUGCUCAACUCGCCCACUGAUCCCUUCAACCGUCAGCCUCUCACAGAGAGCAUGCUGGAGUCAGUCCCCGAAUUGAAGGAGAGGAUCCACGCAUGGAUGAGAGAAAAACAAGGAGGGCGACUUGUUUAAAGACUCAAUGUCAACUACACCCAUGAUCAAGGGAUCUGGCCCCAAAUCACCUGAAUUGAGUGUCACUGCUACCAACAAUAACGAACAUUAUUAUAUGAUUUUUAUUUUUAUUUACACAUUUUGCUCUAAUGAUGCUUAAAAACAACAUAAUAAAGUUAAGAUUUUUUAUUUGCUUCCUGGAUUUGUGUAUAUUGUAUAUGUAUAUCCAAAUAUACACAUAUGUUUAGGGAUUAUAAUGCUGCAAGAAUCAGUCUUCAUCACAAACCGGUUUACCAGCAGGAUGCAUACAGUCAUUUCCUUGAACAUUUUCAAUACUUUAUGGUUCUUGUGUGUUUUGUAACAUUGUGUAUGUGGUCUUUACUAAAGACGUGUAAUUAUUUUAGGAUGAGGGGCUAGAAAGUGUCAGGGUUGUUGAGUCGUUGUAAAUCAGACUCACAAUGUCAACUUUGAGUUGGUAUAAUGUGCAGAAGUCCCAGGUGUUCAACAGAUUUGUACUUGUUGUAGGUUGAGUUUAGAAGUGGGAAUGUCCAUGGAGGAAGUAGCCUAACGUUACACAAUCUUUUUUUAUUUAAAUGCAGUCAGAUGUUGAGCAGUGGUGUACCAAAAAUAUAAUUUCUGGACUUUUCAUUUUGACACGUUUCCCCCCUCUGCUGACUUUGAAAUACUGAAUUAACAUCUUAUGGGCACAUCGCUGCUAUCUACCGCCCCUCCAGUGCUUCAAGAACAAAUUUACAAUAAAGGUUAGGUAACUUGGCCAUAACAUGACGGAAUGUAGCAUGAGCUCUAGAAACAUUGCAACAACUUGACUUCACAUCUCUGGACAGUCUCUCUCUCGCUCUCUCACUGACCUUGCUGACCUUAACUGUACAGAAAAUCUCUUAACUACAAACCUGUUUUGGAAGCUAGGAUUUUCAACUGAAAAUAAACGAUACACAUUAUUCCAAA